ACCCUACAUAGUUACCUUGGAAUCAACUUGAAUAUUCCUUAUUCAAUCCAUGGCCUAUAUAAAUCGAACCCUUCAACUCUUCAUCUUCACUUCGCUCAUUCUAAUCAUCCUCUCCUACACCAUGUCGAAACCUCUCAGCCAAGCUCAAAUUGUCCUCCGCCGCUCCGCCGACCGUGGAUAUGCCGAACACGGCGGCUGGCUCAAAUCCUUCCACACCUUCAGUUUCGCCAACUACUUCGACCACAAAUUCAUGAACUUUGGCAGUCUGCGCGUGCUGAAUGAAGAUCGUGUUGCUGCUCGAAAUGGCUUCCCGACCCAUCCCCACCGUGAUGCAGAGAUCUUCAGCUACAUUCUCAACGGUGAACUCACCCACCGGGAUAGCAUGGUCAAAAAGGGCACAGAAGGUGCUCAAGGAAAGCAAUUCUACCGUAUGAAACGGGGCGACGUACAAUUCACCACCGGCGGAACUGGCAUCGCACACUCGGAACAAAAUGAAUCCAACAAACCCGUCCAUUUUCUGCAGAUCUGGGCGUUGCCGUGGAAACACGGGCUGAAACCUCAAUAUCACACGCGCACUUUUGCAGAAGAAGACAAGCGAAAGGCCUUUGUGCCGAUUCUGUCUCCCCUCGCUGCUGGCCCAGAGGCAACGCCCGCAGAGGAAGAAGCUGCCACUCCCAAGAUCCCAGACACGAUUCCCAUCCAUGCAGACUUUGUCAUGGGAGCGGGUAUCAUUGAACCUUCAAAGACAUUCCAGUGGACAGUCGGUGCUGGAGAUGCAGUCAGCAGUCAGAAGAAGCGAAAGGUGUAUAUCCAUCUGCCCAUGACGAAAAAGGGACAGGCGAAGAUCAAACUGGAUCAUCGGGAGACUGCGGUUAUGGAGGAAGGCGAUGGGGCUUUUGUAACGGGGGUAAAUGCGGGGGAUGUCUUGCAUGUCGAGAGUAUUGGAGAUGCUGAAGCUGAGGUUAUCGUGUUGGAUAGUGAUUGAUUAUCUGUAUAAUAUAAUGUAAUAUUGUUAAUUAAUUUAGUAGCUGUCAUGCAAUGUCCACGCAAAUAUACGUGCAUCUUGACAUGUCAGACUGCAGGAUCAAAAGGCUUCAUCAUGUUUUACUAUAAUUAUAUCUACUUCACCUUGAUUGAUAUGUUUCA